AUGUCAAUAAAAUGGCGUGAUACAGUAUUUCAUUCGUCGUUUAUAAAUUUUAUAGUGAUCGGAAGUUCACUUUUUGGUGGCUGUUGCAGUAAUGUUGUUGCUUUGGAGUUAUUAGUUGGUGUGGCUCCAAAGAGAUUAUUUCAUCAUCUUGAAUUUUCUUCAUCAUCACCGAUACCACGUUUAAAAAAACGUACAGUACCAGCACACAGAUGGUUUGUUAUGGUAUUUCUUUUUUUUACGGUAUCAGUGUUAAAUAACAUUGCGUUAGGAUAUAGGAUUUCUGUCCCCUUGCACAUUAUAUUUCGUAGUGGAGGGUUAAUUGUUAGUAUGAUAUUAGGUUGGGCUCAAGUAAUAUCAGUAGUAAUGGUCACAUUAGGAGUUGCCUGUGCAACGAUAAGUUCAGCCAACGUAAACCAAAAGGAGGAUAUAAAUAACUCCAAGAAUACUUCGGAUUAUGUGAUCGGAAUCAGCCUUCUCUCCAUUGCUUUAGUAUUAUCCUGUUUUAUGGGCCUUUAUCAAGAAUUCACUUAUGUAAAAUAUGGUAGUAAUUGGCGAGAAGGUUUAUUUUAUACACAUUUUUUAGCGCUUCCACUUUUCUUGAUAUUUUAUUCAGAUAUGAAAGAACAGAUUCAAGGAUUCAAUCAAUCCAUGCCGGUAUCCCUAGAAAAAGCAUUUUCCAUGGUACCUGUUGAUAUUUAUAUACCAAAUAGUAUUAAUCAAGUACUAAAAAGUUGUGUUAUUCCAAGGACUUGGACAUAUCUCAUUAUGAACGUGCUAACUCAAUAUUUUUGUAUUUCAGGUGUACAUAGAUUAAACUCAAUAGCAACAGCAUUAACUUUAAAUUUGGUAUUAAAUUUACGUAAAUUCACUUCAUUAGUAAUCUCAGUUUGGUACUUUGAUAAUGAAUUCCAUAUUGGAAUGGCUAUUGGUGGUAUUUUGGUAUUUUCUGGUACCCUGUUAUAUUCUUUGAGUAGCAGCAAAAGUUCAUCAAGCAUUGUGAAAGAAACGUAUAUUGAAAAUCCAGAAAUUAUUAAUAAUGAUG